AGUUAACACGGACAUCUUGGCUAAUUGGUUUGUAGAUUCUAGUUUAUGGUCUCUGUUGUAGAUUAUUUGCAAAGAGAAUUAUAAUAUAUAUGGAAAAUUAUAUGUUGGCCAUAGUUAAAGAAAACUCAACUUGGUCUUAGUGUAAACAAAUAAUUGUAAUAGCAACAUUCAAUUCAACAUCUAUUGUAUGGUAUUGUGUAUCAGUGUUCUUAAUAAUGCUACGUAAAGGACGUGGAGAAGAUUCCGAUGAUUUUCCUAUUUAUUCCCGCCUGUUUGUAAUAUGCGGGAAGAAUGUAAAAGAAGAUGAUUUGCAAAAGGCUUUUGCACAAUUUGGCUCAAUCGAAGACAUUCGUGUGGCCCGUGAUUACGAAACUGGGGCGAGCAAAGGAGUAGCUUAUAUAAAAUUCUCUAAAACAUCUGAAGCAGCGAAUGCCUUGGAAGAAAUGAACAACAAAACUAUAAGCAGUGCAGAUCACCAUUUGGUAGUAAAAGUGGCAUGCAGCAGAACUGAAAUACAGGUUGAUGAUGAAGACGAUAAGUAUACACGGCUUUUCAUAACACUACCUCCGUAUGGCAAUGCGGAUACCGUUCAGGCUUCCUUCCAGAGAUACGGCACAAUUGUGUCCAUUCAGGUGCAAAAAGAUCGCCAAACUGGCUUAAACCGGGGCUUUGCUUAUGUCACAUUCCAAAAAUUCUCUGAAGCUGCCAGAGCCUAUGAAAACUGUGACAGAAUGUACAGAGCUAUCUUUGCAAUGCCUAAAAAUGUUAAGAGGCCUGAGACUGCCUUUGUAUCCAAUGUGCAGUCAUUGGCCGAGUUUACAAACAGCAGUACAUCAUUGUUAUCUGUCAUGAAUGUUCGUCCAGGUCCUUACACUAAGGUGAAAUACAAGUGCUGUCCUCACAUCCCAUCACCCAAUGUUAAAAUGUUGUUUGACCUUGUUCCGGGAUUGGUAAAUUUUCACCACCAUGUUGACUUGAUCAAAAAUUUUGGUACAGGUUUUGCAGUAUAUUCUAAUCCUAUCUGCGCUGCGUAUGCAGUGAAGAAGUUGAACUUGUUUGAAUACCCUCCAGGUAUAAAUUUAACUGUUAGGCCUGACUUUUACCAUUGUGAUGUAAAGGAUUUGAAAUCCAUGGAUGUAUCGCAGGUGGUAAAUAAUUUACAAAAUGCUAUUGAAUCUGCUAAGACCUCUACUCCGGAUUUGGCUCAUUUAGCCCAAACAGUUGCUGAGGCUUCGAAAUUAAUCAAGUUAGCAACAAGUGGUAUUCCAAAUGUUCCCAAUAGCAAUGUUAUAAAUUACUGCAGUGUGCAACUUCCCCCUCAAAAACCGUUGGCUGACAUCAACGCUCGCACAGUUAAAAGAUGUUUCUUAGUUUGCAAACCCCAACCUCCACCUCUGAUAGUUUUACGGGACAUCUUUUGUCGUUUUGGAGAUCUUAUUAAUGUUUAUACUUUGCCAAACAAGACUAUAGGUUAUGCAUGCUAUGCUUCAGCCGAUGCUGCUGACAAAGCCAUCACUGCCCUGCAUGGAGCAGAGGUAUGUGGCAUUCGUAUUAAGGUAAUAGAAGCAGAGGAGGAAGCUCCCCCAAAAAGGGCACGGUAUGACCAAAGAUGCUAUUAGGAUUAUCUAAGUAUAUAAUUGUUACAGAAGAACAGACAUGACUGUAAAUAAUUGACUAGUAAACAUUUACUACCACCUAAGAUGUUUUUAUUACAUAGAUACGUUGUCCGAGCUCAAUACUGGCAAGACGAAAGUAAGGUAAUUGCCCGACUUAACAGCCAAUGAGCGUGCGGCACUAACGUUGUUACGUAACUGUCAAUGUAUAUACAUCCUUUUCUAACGAAUGUGUGCUGCAUCUUUUUAUUCCUUCUUCGAUUCAAUUUGUAAUUAUAUGUACAGGUACGUGCCUAUAGCAAAUAGUGCGCCGUUUUUAUGUGCCAUUUUGUUAGUGUAUGACGCGUCUAUUUGUAAAACGUCAUUGACUACCACAGUGUUGCUUAUUAUUACUGGUUUUAAAUCUUUUUUGUAUUCCCAAUAUAUUUUUAUAGGACAACUUACAGACAUUAAGCUCAUAUGGAUGGCCAUACCCUUUAACAUAAUCAUUUAUGCUAAUAGGAAACAAAAAUAUGUAUAGGAAUGUCAUACUCUAGCAUAAGUGUGAUGUUAGAAUAGGUAUAUAAUUCUCAUACAUAUAGACCCUUGACAGGCAAUUAAAUUUAAGCAAUAAAUAUAUAUCGAAAAUUUGUCACAUAAGUAUUUGGAAUCGGAAUGGAUUUUUCUGCGUUGUUUGAUCUCGGUUUUAUAGCUCCAAGAAGUUUUAUAAUGUAAGUAGUUUAAUUAUUAUCAAUAUUCAAUUGGGAAUUACAAUGUUAAAUCGCUCUACGCAAAAAGUAUACUGAUUGUCGCUUAGAUAUUAAUGCCUUACAAGUGUCGACAUGUUUGUUUUCUCUUAGCACAAACAAUUGUAGAAAGACAUCUUAGCUACGACCCCAGGACAGACAAUUACUCCAGUUUCUUUAUUUUAGGAUAGUACUCUCAGCCAUAAGAUGGAUGACGCAUUGCUGAACAUAGACAACCCCCAUAGAUUUACAGAUUAAUCUAUUGUAAGUGGUGUGUACUAACAAUUGAUUGCAUUUACAACAACUACUUAACUGCAGAAACUUUAAUGUAAGUAUAUACCAUUGUUUCUCAACUCAAAA